GGCCCCCCUACACAGGUGUCCCCAGACAGCCCCACACUUGGUGAGGGUGCCCAUCCUGACUGGCCAGGAGGCAGCCGCUGAGGCGUGGAUGAGAUUGAUGCCUACUGGUUGGAACUCCUCAACUCAGAACUCAAGGAGAUGGAGAGGCCCGAGCUGGAUGAGCUAACGUUAGAGCGUGUUCUAGAAGAGCUAGAGACAUUGUGCCACCAGAAUAUGGCACAGGCCAUUGAGACACAGGAGGGGCUGGGCAUCGAGUACGAUGAAGAUGUUGUCUGUGACGUGUGCCGCUCCCCUGAAGGCGAGGAUGGCAACGAGAUGGUCUUCUGUGACAAGUGCAAUGUUUGUGUGCACCAGGCAUGCUAUGGGAUCCUCAAGGUGCCUACGGGCAGCUGGCUAUGCCGGACAUGUGCCCUGGGAGUCCAGCCCAAGUGCCUGCUCUGCCCUAAGCGAGGAGGAGCCUUGAAGCCUACCAGAAGUGGGACCAAAUGGGUACACGUCAGCUGUGCCCUGUGGAUUCCUGAGGUCAGCAUUGGCUGUCCAGAGAAGAUGGAGCCCAUUACCAAGAUCUCACAUAUUCCAGCCAGUUUCUGGGCCUUGUCUUGUAGCCUCUGCAAAGAGUGCACAGGCACCUGCAUCCAGUGUUCCAUGCCUUCCUGCAUCACAGCAUUCCAUGUCACAUGCGCCUUUGACCGUGGCCUGGAAAUGCGGACUAUAUUAGCUGACAACGAUGAGGUCAAGUUCAAGUCACUCUGCCAGGAGCACAGUGACGGGGGCCCUGGUAAUGAGCCUACUUCUGAGCCCGUGGAGCCUAGCCAGGCCAUUGAGGACCUGGAAAAGGUGACCCUACGCAAGCAGCGGCUGCAGCAGCUAGAAGAAAACUUCUAUGAGCUGGUGGAGCCAGCUGAGGUGGCCGAACGGCUGGACCUGGCCGAAGCACUGGUGGACUUCAUCUACCAGUACUGGAAGCUGAAGAGGAGAGCCAAUGCUAACCAACCGCUGCUGACACCCAAGACCGAUGAGGUUGACAACCUGGCCCAACAGGAACAGGAUGUCCUCUAUCGCCGCCUGAAGCUUUUCACCCACCUGCGGCAGGACCUGGAGAGGGUUAGGAACCUGUGCUACAUGGUGACAAGGCGCGAGAGGACGAAGCACACCAUCUGCAAACUCCAGGAGCAGAUUUUCCACCUGCAGAUGAAGCUUAUGGAGCAAGAUCUGUGUCGAGAGCCUUCUGGGAGGAGACCAAAGGGCAAGAAGAGUGACUCAAAGAGGAAAGGCCGAGAGGGUCCCAAGGGCAGUAGCCCUGAGAAGAAAGAGAAGGUGAAGGCUGCGCCAGAGUCUGUCCUGGGGCAGCUGGGUCUGUCCACCUCGUUCCCUAUCGAUGGCACUUUCUUCAAUAGCUGGUUGGCACAGUCAGUGCAGAUCACAGCAGAAGACAUGGCCAUGAGUGAGUGGUCUUUGAACAGUGGGAACAGGGAGGAUCCAGCUCCAGGUCUGCUGUCAGAGGAGUUGCUGCAGGAUGAGGAGACGUUACUCAGCUUCAUGAGGGACCCCUCAUUACGACCUGGUGACCCUGCCAGGAAGGCCCGAGGCCGCACUCGCCUUCCUGCCAAGAAGAAACCACCCCCGCUUCAGGAUGGGCCCAGUGCACGGACCACUCCAGACAAGCCACCCAAGAAACCCUGGGCCCAGGAUGCUGGCAGUGGCAAGGGCGUGCAAGGACCACCCACCAGGAAGCCACCACGGAGGACGUCUUCUCAUUUGCCGUCCAGCCCUGCAGCUGGGGACUGUCCUGUCCCAGCAGCAAUGGAAAGCCCCCCCCCACUGGCCUCUGAAACCCUGGACGAGACAGCCCUCAUGGCUUCCGACUUGAAUGUCCAAGUGCCUGGCCCUACAGUGAGCCCCAAGCCCUUGGGCAGGCUCCGGCCACCCCGAGAGAUCAAGGUCAGUCGGAAAUCUCCGGGUGCUAGGUCUGACGCUGAGACAGGACUGCCAUCUGCUGUGGCCGAGAGGCCAAAGGUCAGCCUGCACUUUGACACUGAGGCUGAUGGCUACUUCUCUGAUGAGGAGAUGAGCGACUCUGACAUAGAGGCAGAGGACAGUGGAGUACAACGGGCUUCCAGGGAGGCAGGGGCAGAGGAGGUGGUUCGCAUGGGGGUACUGGCCUCCUAACUCACCAGGGUACUGCCCUGGUCCCCCACAGGGCCUCAGCCCAAUCACAACUGCCAUUUCCAACUGCUGAGUGUCCCAGACCCACCACUCUGUCGUGGUUUUAUUUUUAAUAUAUAGAGAGUUCUGAAUUCCACUCCGUUGUCUUUCCUCUGUGCUGGCCUAGGACAUUAGGAUUCCUCCCGUGGCCCUGGCCAGGGACUAUGCCAGGUUCUAUGUGCCACCCUGUCCCAGUCCACACUACUCAGGGGACUCCCCAAACAGCCAACCACCUGUACAGGUGCAAGGCUCCAAGGGAGGGCCAGUGCCCAGGCCGGGGCUUGGGCUUGGGGCUUAGAUCUGCCCACGCAGAGAAUCACUCUGGGGCUUCAACUUCCUUUCUUCCUUUGGGGCCAGUCUAGGCCACAGUCUGUUCUCUCCAUGUGGAGCUGGCCAGACCAGACCGUUUGCCUUUUGAAGUUUCCUAGUCCUGCUAAGAGAUGAGCUUCCUCAUUGGUUUCCUUCUGGAAACAUCCUUCCAACAAGUGUAGUGGGAUCCCGGGGCCCAGGCAGGCCAGUGUGGGCCUGCUGGGGCUGGUUGAAGUAUUGCUGGAUCUUCCUGUGUUUCUCUGUCCCCUGUCUCCUUAACCCCAUUUCCCUCCCUGCUGUACCCCUUUCCUACUCCUCUUCAAUCCCCCCUCCUCCAAGUCCCCAGGUAGUUCUGAAAAGUCUUGAUGGAGUGGCCCCAGGGUGAUAGCUCAGGGAACAAAGGAAUUCCUUGAAAAAAUUUGUGUGUUUUUUUUUUUUUCUUCUUUUACGAAUUACUCUUGGGUCACUUCCACCACUGGUAAAGCCAGAACUUCUCCAACCAGAACCUUGCAAAAGUCCAGUGAACCAGUCGAAUCAUCCUGAGAAUGCCAAAGAAUAUUUUGACCAUAAUAUACAGCACAGCCCGGACCUGACAACUGUCAACUUGAACUUCCGUUUCAAAGGAGUUGGUUAGCAACAGAGUUCUGAGACUCAGUUAUUGCACACACCUACAGAGAAGGGCCCAAGGCCUCAGCUGCUGCUGCCGCCGCCGCCGCCACUACCGCCGCUGCUGCUGCUGUUGGUUUACGGUCCCUGGGCUGGGCCGCUGUGAGUGUGGUCCUAAACUUUGAGGACUCCUCCCCUCUGGGGGGAGAAUCCUGACUAUGAGUCCAGCGUGGUUCCCCCCCCCCCUCGCCACCACACAGAUACACAAAGAGCAAAUAUACGGGACCUUCACCCACCUCGACUCCAAAACUAUCAAGGUACGACAGUGAGUUUGAGCAAAAUCAGAAGCAAAGAUAAUGACUUCAGUUUGGUGGAUUGGACAAACAUGUCUAAUUCAAAUGGACUCUGAGGGCAUGGGGUGGACUCCAAGGAUCCGGGCAUCGGGAUGGCAUCGGCUACCACAUAGACUUAGUCUGCCUGCCCAUCUUGGUAGUAGUGACAACGCGGUGUCAGUGUCAGCAUCCCCACCCCAGUCUCUUGUUUACUGCCUUUGAACAGACCUUCCUUACCCCUGUGCUUUGGGUCACUUCGGGUCGCAACCUUGUCUGCUGGAUUGCCUGGUGGUCUGACCUGUGGGACGCAAAGGACGUGGGGGCUUAAAGAACAACCAAAUGCUUCAGGGCGAGGGAGGGAAUGGUCUUGACCGCUCUGUUCCACCUCGGGGCAGGGGCUGGGCUCGGUGGGUAGAUAUUAGUGAUGAGUGGAGUGAAUCUGACCCCUUUUUCUGGGCCUCUGGCACUCUUCCCCCAGAGCCUGAACUGGGUAGGCAAGUGAAGCGCUUCAGAGAGCCUCUGCAUAUUUUGGCCUCUGGGUUCUGGGCCUCUUGACAGUUGGCACCUGUGCUGUGGGCCCUUUGUAUCCACUAGGUCCUGCCUGCCACGAAGCCCAGUUGUCCGUUACUGUGGCUAGUUAGCAGGCCCCUUCAGCAGGCAAGUCCUGUGGCAGUCUUCAUCAGGCAGCUGUCUCUUCUAAGAGGCCAUCAGUCUGUGAGGAGGAUGAGGAGGUCCCAUUACUCUCUCCUUAGUUCCUCCCAGGCCACUGUUCAUGGUGUAGGUGGCACCCUUUAGGCCAGAGGCAGUUCUCUUGCCCGCAUCCCCUACCCCUCCUUAGGGAGGCCGAAAGGACUCUGUAACUCGUUCUGGCUAUUGUACCCUUUCCCAGCGUCAGCCCUGGCUGCCUUCCACCUCAUUCCCUCUCACCACAGGCUAAUGUGCAAGGAAAGUAUUUUUGUGUAUCAUUAGGUGUAUUUUGAAACAAGUAAAAAGGAGAGAGAAUGCUCAUUUACUUUAUUAAAUGGGCCCUGACUUUGUAAAUGGUGUGAGAGUCUUUGCGAUGUAAGGGCCACAGGUUCAUUGGAGAAACCAGCCACCCAGGUUCCUGGGCUCUGUGUGUGUGUGUGUGUGUGUGUGUGUGUGUGUGUGUGUGUGUGUGUGUGCAGCACCGCUGUGCACAUAACGUGUGUAUGCAUGGACACCCUAUGGGACUUGCUAGGGUUUCUAAAGAAUCCACUGCCUGAUUCUCCAGGAAUGUUGGUAACAGGUUAGACUUAGGGUUUGCUCACCAUUGCCACAUAUGGCCCACCUGUGCCCAUGCCUGAAGCUCUGUGGAACCACGUGUGAUCUCUGUAGUAAGGUCCUUGAGACAACUCUCCCAUGCCCUUGGCCUAGCUGGCCACAUUGGCCCGAGAGCCAGAGGUGUUGGAGUCGGGGACCCUUGGUUGUUCUUUAAGGCUCUUCCUGCCGCCUUCCCUCGAGGAUGCACACUUGUGCUCCAUCCAAAUCAUUUGGGGGUGGCGGUGGGGAGGGUGAUAUGAAUGUCACAGGAGGAGACACCUUCUGUCUUUGUUUCAAAGAAAGUGAUGUGCCAUUUGUUAAUAUACAAGAGAAAUACUGAAAAUAUAUUGAAAAGAGCAAUUUUAAAUUAUUUUUGGCUUAUGUUGCAAUAUUUAUUUUCUUGUAUUAGAGAAGAUUCCUUUGUAGAGAAAAAUGUAUUUUUCAUUACCGCAAAGACCUAUUUCUCCUUUUUGUACAUUGUCCUUGUUCGCAACCCUUAACGAGCAAUAGAAUGUCCGGUCACCCCCGCGUGGCCAGUGCCCACUGUGCCCUGCAUGAUUGUGUUGCUGCUGCUGCUGCUGCUGCUGCAUAGUUUCCGCCCCUGUCCUGUCCUGCUCACUCACUGGGGCUUCUGGAUUUUGGCCCCUGCCAGGGUCUAUGUCUAAGAAGCCCAUUGCACUCCUGUGUGUUGGCAAAUUCAGUUAAUAAAGCAAUGUUUUCUGUGCUG